GUCCCAGUGCGCAAAAUGGAAUCUUUGGUCCGGCAUGUUCUUUUCUAACGUUGUUCACUGACGAGUGUAACAGAACCAGAGCAAGAUGCCUGGCGGUGUGACAGUCAAAGAUGUUAGCCCACAAGAAUUUGUAAAGGCUUUUGCUGCUCAUCUUAAAAAGUCCAAUAAAUUAAAAGUUCCAGAAUUUGAUACCAUUGUAAAGACAUCAAAAGCAGCUGAACUAGGCCCAACUGAUCCAGAUUGGUAUUACGUCAGAUCAGCUGCAGUUGCACGACAUGUAUACUUGCGACCAAAUGUCGGUGUCGGAGCUGUACGAAAAAUAUACGGACGUGCCAAGAGAAACGGUACUCGCCCGAAUCACUUUUGUUUGGGAUCUGCAUCAGUUGCACGUAAAGUUCUUCAAUCACUCGAAGGAAUGAAUAUUGUCAGCACAGAUGUAAAUGGUGGACGCAGCAUCACAUCUACUGGUCGUAGAGAUAUGGACCGAAUUGCUGGACAGGUUGUAAACGCGUGAAUUUGGUGAAAUAUAACAUAAUAUGCUA